ACCCUCCCCACGGCAAAAACAGUUGUUCGCGCGCGCGCCAUGACAGUAUUACGUCGAUGGCAUUAAUGUUGCGACUUUAAGUUCUUAAUCAGUAUUAAAAUUCUACUGUUAAGUUUUUUUUCUUGUACCACGUCAACGUAACUCAUUCAAGCUGGCGAUUAACAAUUGGUGGAGGGAGCCGGAUAUGGGAGGGGAGCGCGAGGGCUGCGCCGCAUCACGGAUGUGGCGCAGCGCUUGCGGUAUGCUGGUUUGUCCAGGGGCAGAUGAAGCAUGGCAGCAAAUUGUUGAUACCUCGGCGUCAGACUCUGUGUGGCAUUCGUUGAGAAAUUGUAUUGCAUAUCAGGCAGGAGUAUGGCAAAAUCUCCUCAUAAAAGGGAUCCCUGAUGUAAUGCAUUCUGCUGCUUUCAAGCUCGCAAUAGUUCUACGGCAUACACCAUCUGAGCUCACUGUGGGUCUUCUGGCUGAUAUGUUGCAUUUACAUCCUCAGUCUCAAGAUUUAACAGCAUACGUUCUGGCCUUACUAACAGAUGAUGAAGCAUGGUGCGGUAGUUGUGGGGCUAGUGCCGGUAUACCAGGUGUAGCUGGAGGUAUGGGGGGCGGGGCGCCGCUCCGUGACCUGCAACUUUUUGGCGACUGCGAGUUGGCCGUGCUUGCCUCUUCACGUGAAGAGUACGAUGCACAUGCUAAGCUAGUACGCGCCGAGUAUAACAAUCUAUCACAUGAAAAAUAUGUGGAACUGCGUAUAAAGGUUUUAAACCAAUUUGCCAAAAUACCAAAGCUGUACCAUACACCCGAGUUUGAGUGUUUUGAAGCUAUCGCGAGGGAAAAUAUUGAGCGUGAGAUCUGUACUCUGCAAGAACAUCUGCUUGCUGGACCACACGAAUAACAUAGGUCGCAAACUUAUGAUUUUUAGUAGAUGACUGCACGAUGGCUGUUAUUAUUUUAAAAGAUUGACAUAAUUUAUUAAUGAAAUUAAUUUGAAUUGUUGUAUUGUUCAAAUUAUUAAUUAUUCAUGGAAUGCCAUGAAUUAAUUCUCUUAAUAUAUGUUUUCUAAGUUUACCAUAAUUUAUAAAGAAUUGCAAUAGCUUAUAAAUUAAUUUGAUGUAAAAGAUAAAUUAAAAUAAAGGCUAUUUUAAAAAUAAUAUAAGAGAUAUGAUAUUGUAAAUAUCCUGUUGUUGCGUCAUUAUUAUAAAAUGACUCAAUAAGAUUUUUCAUAUUAGCUUAACAUUUCUUUAAUAAAUAUUUAAUGUAUAGGAGGUAUAUGAAAUUUUAAUUUCCGAUUGCUAGAAUAGAUUGCAUAAUAAUAAAAUGAGGAAUUAAAAGGAAUCUCGUUCGAGUUUAAACAAAUAAUUAUAAUAAGAGAAUUACAUAAUGAGAAAUACCCAAAUUUCUAACCUCAAGAGGCCUAGUCAAGGAGGAGUGCAGUCAAUUUGGGAAAAAUAGCACUU